AGAAAACGUAUGCGGAAGUGAGGUAAAUAUACUCGGACCUUGGCAGUAGUAUGGAGAGCCCGGAGCUGUCGUUUACUCUGGCUUACGUCGUCCUCUCCUUCUGUUUCGUGUUCACGCCCAAUGAGUUCCGCUCGGCCGGCCUCACCAUCCAGAACCUGUUCUCGUCGUGGCUGGGCAGCGAGGACGUGGGCUUCAUCCAGUAUCACAUCAGAAGGACCAGCAUCACCAUCGUGGUCCACUCCGCGCUGCCUUUAGGUUACUACAUGGGAAUGUGUGUCGCUGCUCCAGAAAAAAACCUGGUUAACAUUUACCAGGUUAGUGACAACUGGAGAGCGUUUCUCCUUCUGUCUCUCUGCCUCCAGUCGGUCAGCUGGAUAAUUGUCUUCUACUGGUCCCGGCGUCGCUGGCACAAUCAUCCAAUCAGUAAGGUGCUGCAGGCCCAUGUGCAGCCCCCUUUCUCCAGCUGGGGCUCUGUGGCAGUCAGCAUCAACACUGAGUUCAGACACAUAGAUAAGUUUGCUACAGGAGCACCGGGAGCUCGAGUCAUCGUCACUGACACCUGGGUGUUAAAGGUGACCACGUAUCACAUUUACAUGGCCCUGCAGAGCGAUUGCCACGUCACAGUGACAGAGUCCACACAGCACCACCUGAGUCCGGAUUCAGCCUCGCCCACAGAGAUCCUGACCCUGAGAGUUGACAGCAUUAACCCUGCUGUCACACCAUUCAAUAUCAAGCUCAACUCUACGGAGUACGCAGAGCUCCGGGAGAAGCUCCGGGCUCCUAUCAGAAACUCUCCUAAUGUGGUGAUCCAUCGAACGCUCAGUGAACUCUUUUUGGAAACGUUCAAGGCUCAGGUGGACCUCAAUCAGCCGUACACCCUCCCCCACGGACAGGAGUUAGAGCCCUGUAUCGGCUGCAUGCAGGUUCCAGCAAACGCCAAACUGGUCACGCUUUGCCACGAAGCAGAGACCGAUGAUGACGAUUCAGACUGCCAGCAGUGUCACUGCAGACCCAUGUGGUGUCUGUUGUGUCUGGGUCGAUGGUUCGCCAGCCGUCUAGACGAGCAGACACCGGAGACGUGGUUGUCCAGCAGGGUUCCCUGCCCUACUUGUAGAGCCAAGUUCUGUAUUCUGGAUGUGUGCGCAGUCCGAUGACGGGCACACGUCUCCCCCCACACUGACUUUUAAUGUUUCCAAUGUUGACCAAGGGUUUCUGCUCAACAUCCUCCAACCAGAGCGGCACCUGGACUGGAUGUGGUCGUGUUCUAUUUCUGCUUUUAUGGAAACGAAAUAAAAACAAUUCUAUGAGGAAUCAUUUAUUUCAUAUUUGUAUGUUGUUACAGCACCAAAUCUUCUCAUGCAGGGCCCUUUCUGCAUCUUUUCUUAUGCAGCGUAGCAACAAAUAUGAAAUAAAACAUGAAAAGUUUUAGAUGGAACAUUUAUCAUGUAAGGGCAAAAUUCUGAUUACUGUGAUGUGGAGCGAAUGUAUGAAUCUACAGUUUAAUAAAGUUUAACUCAACUUGGUUUAUAUUUUAAAUGUUUGUAUGAAUACCAAAUAUUGAAAAAGGGUGUAAAUAAUAAAUGUACUGAUAUGGAAGGAAACCUCGCAGACAUGGAUGAAAGCUGCUGCCUGCGGUGGAUUAAACGAUGCCUGGAAACGGC